AUGCUCGCCGCCCUGACCGCUACCCUCGCCCUCCUCGCGACCGCGACCGCCUCCCCCCUCGUCGUGCCUGGCACCGAGCCCGCCGUCGUUGCGCGCGAGGACGACUACUUCCAUGUCAACUACUACUCGGAUGGCUCGUGCCAGAACUACAUUGUGACCGGUGACGAAGCUGAUGGUGCGUUAGGCGACUUCGACGGCUACCUCCAGGGCCCGCACAACUACGACGGCGACUUCGGCGGCACCUACGCUGGAAGCUUCAUCGUCGUCAACGUCGGCACCUGGGCUCAGACGCUCGACGUGAACGGCCAGACCGUCUUUGACAUUUCGCUCUGCCCGAGCGACCACCCGCCUCAGGCCAACCAGAUCCAGACUUGCUUCCCCCUCGGCAUGAACGUCGGCAAGGAGAGCAUCUACUUUGGCGCCUGCGAGCUCUUCUGUGCCGAGUGCUUCGCCCCGGCUUAG